ACGUGUCGCAUAGUCAUAUCUAUGGACGAGAAAAUUAUUUAAAUAUUGUUGAAGAUAAAAAUUGUAAAUUUGAAAACAAGAAUAAUGUAAUUUUGAUAUUUUCAUAAUCAGAAGCAUUCAAAAGACUUCAACUGUUUCUAAUAAUGUCCUGGAUAAUUGAAAAUUCACUGAAUAAAUUCCAAUACUUCCUUGUAAAUAUUCUGAAGUGUGGGCCCAUUCCUAAACAUGUAGGCAUUAUAAUGGAUGGAAAUAGGCGCUAUGCGAAGAAAAUUAAAGCUGAAAAAGUUGUGGGGCAUUCAAGGGGGUUCGACAAAUUAUCGGAAACUUUAGAAUGGUGUAAAGAAAUAGGAAUAAAAGAGGUUACAGUAUAUGCAUUUAGUAUCGAAAACUUCAAAAGAACCGAAAGAGAAGUUGCAGAGCUUAUGGAUUUGGCUUCAGAAAAGUUCAAGAAACUUUUAGAAGAAGAGGAUAAGCUAAUGUUAGAAGGAGUUUGUGUUCGAAUUAUUGGAGAUCUCUCAUUAUUAAGAAAAGAUUUACAAAAGUUAAUAGCUAAAGCUAUGUUACUAACUAAAGAUAACACUAAGUCAUAUUUGAAUAUAGCAUUUGCUUAUGUUAGUAGGGAAGAAAUAUCUACUUCAAUUAAAAAUGUCAUAAAAGGGACUGAAGAUAAAUUCUUAGAAGUGGAUGAUGUAACAGAGACACUGCUAUCACAAAGUUUAUAUUUAAAUUCGUUUCCUGAUUUGUUGAUCAGAACUUCAGGAGAAGUUCGAUUGAGUGAUUUCUUAUUAUGGCAAAGUUCAAACUGUGUAAUUUAUUUCUCUGAUGUCUUGUGGCCAGAAUUUUCUUUCUGGAAUUUUGUUCUUUGUAUUCUUCAUUAUCAAAAGUCUUAUUAUAAUUUGAAACCUAGAAAUUUGUAUGGUAAUGCUCCAAUUUGUAGAUCAGAGAAUGAAAGAGUUGAAAAAUAUUUAACAUUUUUAAGAGUUAACAGAUUAGACCUUCUGAAAACUUAUGCUGCAAAUUAAAUUAAGGUCCUUUUCAUUGAUAUCAAUUUAUUAUACAGAUACAUUAAAUAGUACAAAAGUAUAAAAAA